AUGGCCACUCCAGCCUUCCUUGUCUCUGUCGGUGAUAAAGUAAGUGCUACUGCUCGUCUGAAUUUCGGUUCUGGUGAAUCGAACCCUACCUCCGUGCCCAACAGAGAAAAAUUAUCCAAACUAACCCGGCUACUUGUGAAACCAUUCUCUUUCAAUGGCCACCCAACUCAUUUUCUGAAAUGACAACCCGAGCCUCCGACUAUAAAGUUAUGAUCGUGGGUUAUGUGUGUUGAAUAGGACGUGAGUGACUUGAUGAGUAGUUGUUCCUUAAUCGUGUAUAAUGUAGAAAAUGCAUAUCUUUAGCACAACACACACCCCGUUUCUAACCCUGUUAAGCAGGGUUAGACCGCGUGCUUUUGAACCAGGUGCCCGCAUUCCACUAGGCACUAUUGAGAAGAUCCAAAGCCUCAUGCGAUCGACGAUACAGGCCAAAAGGCGAAUUUCAGGAAUAAGAAGUUUUAGAGAAGUUUUAGAAGUUUUAGAGAUAACCACGCCCAUUGUCUUUGUCUUCCAGUAGGAAUUGUGGACUUGUGGCAAAAAUUUUAAUGCGAUUGUGGUUUUUAGCGUUAAAGACUAGAAUCACUCAAUCAUUUCAGCCUCAUUGGUGACAUGAAUGGAGAAUUCCUCAAACUGCAGUUUGAGAAAAGCUAGAACAGCUGCUUCCAAUAAAUACUGCACUUCCUGUUUUUCCAUCACCCCCUACUCGCGACUGCCUCUGGUGGUGCGUUCAAGUUGAAAUCCAAAGCGUCAGGCGAAUGGAAUUCUUGUUCCAAUGAUCACAUCAACAUGGGAUAAACAUUCGCCACUCUGCUCAGAGUGAAGGAUGAAAUACAAAUGCCCGCCAGACUUCAAAUCGCAGUCCCAUAGCAGUACGUAACGGCCACAUUCUGACCUACCACAUGCCUCCAUUAAUAUCCCGAUAUGUUCCCUACCGACAGCGCCUCCUUGGAUCAAAUAAGAUGGCCUGCAGUGCCCAUGGCCUCUGGGCUCUAGCGAUAUUGCGUUUUUCCAACACACUAGUCAAUCCCAAAGGCGCUUUCUAGCGGAAGGAGGAAGCAAAAUGAGUGAGGACGGCGCGUUCGAAUUUAAAAAUAUCGCAGCUGCUUGGAGCCAACAGCAAGGCCUCUUCAAAUGAGGUAUGGAGAUAGAGGGGAGGGAGGCUGGGACAGAGAGGGAGGGGUGGGGGGGGGGAGGGUAGAGUGGAGCGCCGCUAACAAUCCAAUUCCCAGGCGUGUGCACGCUCACUGGUGUGAGGAGGGAAACCGCCAGCCUCCAUGUGUAACGAUAUCGCCGCCGUUACUGGACACAAUUUGGGUCAGGCGUUUUGGGGGAGGGGGGGGGCUCCGACGCCGCCGUUACUGGACACAAUUUGGGUCAGGCGUUUUGGGGGAGGGGGGGGGCUCCGAGAUGAACAAGCUGGGCAGGCAAAAGCGCUGGAAGCGGAGGGUGGGGGUGCUGGUCGCUUUAUCUAAGUAGGGAACAAGGGAGAAGUGCGAUGGUUCCACAACGAAUUCUGCGUCGGCUAAACCGCGAAAUGUACCAAUUUUGUCCAUUCCCUUGUGAGCCGCUGGAGAGGGAGUCUCUGCCUGCGUCAGUGCUAGCGGAGGAACAAAAAAUGAGGCAGGCUCGGUCCCUAGAUUAGAAAAACUGGGUGAGGUUUUCAUGAAGUUGUCCCGCGUAGUCCUUUCCAUUCAAGGUCUUCGCUGCAUGGAGGUUGCUGACUAGAAAUCAGAGAAGAGACCAAUGAUCACAAGGAUUGGAAAAAUGAAGUUUAAGUAGUGAGGCAGUGAAGGGAUAGGUAAAUCCCAGGUCAAGCCCUUGUAGCAGCCGCUCCAGCCCCCAUUUUCUCCGGCUCCGUUUUGUCGGUCGAUGGUCGCGACAAUCGUUGCCAGGCCGCUGACACACAACCACCCCCGCCGAUUAUAACUGGGCUCCCCUCCUGUCCAGCUGCAGUGACCCCCGGCUGCCCCCACAAACUAUUAUCACCUCAUGCGCGUCGGACGACCUGGCUUGAUACCCGUGAGACCCUGUAAUUAUGCUUCCCCCUAAUCCGUCCAAUCUCAUGGCUAGCAUCCAACCCGUCACCCCCACCUACUGACACAGACUUUCACUCCCGCGUAAACAACACACCGCGACUGACGCUCUCCGUGAACGGACGGUUAUCUCUGUUGCAAGCAAACAGCCAACUUACGGCAACCUGCCCUGUGUACAGAAUAAACUAGUCCUCACAGCUCCCUGACUUCUGUCAUUAGACGAAACGAACUUAUUGUGCGUGAUUUAAGUUGAUCUCACAUCCUUGACCGCCACAAAUUGGUGACUCCUAAUUUCCGAACACUGGAAUUCCGCAAGCUUUUCGUUCACAACAACAAUCUUCCGGCGACCUACAGCGCGAUGUCACAAGACCAGAAGUAACUCAUCAACCCAAAUUCUCAAGGAGCUAACGUACGCUUGGAUCGGCUCGAGGAGGUAUUAAUGCGCCUGAAAGCACAGCUCACAGCAGUUACCAGUAACAGCCAGCGGCGAACGCCAAACCAUCGGCAUACUUCAACCGUUUCCAACACCCGCCGUCCACAAUCUCCAACUAGCGUCUGCUGGUAUCAACAACAAUUUAGAGGAGCAGCUCGACGAUGUCUUCAGCCAUGCUCUUUCAAGGCAUCUCUAACGGCCUCAGGGAGGCGAUCCCACCCGACAGUAGAGGCCUCUGCUGCUGGAAGCAUUGUCAAUCUCCACACUCGCCGUUUGUUUCUCUGGGACCGUAUCGCUGGCGCCGAAUUCCUUGUCGACUCUGGUGCCGAGGUUAGCGUGGUUCCACAAACUCCGGCUGAAUGCAAAACCCCAGGCUCUUUUUGUCUAACGGCUUCCAACAACUCCAGCAUCCCCACCUUUGGAUAGCGCUCCAUCACACUUGAUUUGGGCCUUCGUCGAAUUUUCCGAUGGGUUUUCAUUAUUGCCGACGUUUCCGUCGCCCUCAUAGGCGCCGAUUUCCUAGCUCACUUCGAUCUACCAGUUGAUUUGAAGAAUCGCCGACUCGUCGACUGCAUCACCAACCUUCAUGCCCGUUGUCAAUCCGAUGUGAACCCCUGCGUCAACCCUCUCACUGUUAUGCCCAUUUCUGACUGUCCUUUCCACUCACUCCUCAGGCAGUUUCCCCGCCUGACCAACCCCUCAUUUCGUGAAGUGGACAUCAAACACACAGUCACCCACCAUAUUUCCACUACCGGACCUCCCAAAUCUUGCCGACCUCGUCGUCUUGCUCCGGACCGUUUGAAGAUCGCCAAGACAGAAUUCGAACACGUGCUCCAGCUCGGCAUCAUCCGACAGUCCGACAGCUGCUGGGCAUCACCUCUCCAUCUUGUCCCAAAGAAGAGCGGCGACUGGCGACCGUGUGCUGACUAUCGGGCGUUAAACUCUGUGACUGUCCCCGACCAGUACCCCGUCCCGCACAUUCAAGCCUUCACCCUUUCGCUGCAUAGUAGGCGAAUAUUCUCCAAGAUUGACCUUGUGCGUGCCCACCACCAAAUCCCGACCGAGGCCAGUGAUGUUCCGAAAACUGCAGUGACCACUCCCUUUGGGUUAUUCGAAUUUACUCGUAUGCCCUUUGGUCUGAGGAACGCCACUCAAACCUUUCAGUGA